AUGUGCAAUAAUGUAGUGCCAGGAAGUGACGAAAAAAAGAUUUACAAGUCUAUCUCUCUUGGAGCGGAUUGUAUAGUCUAUGACCUCGAGGAUAGUGUCCUAUCCAAUCAGAAAGGUGUAGCAAGAAAUAUGGUUAUAGAUGCAUUGGAGGCGUCAGAACACGGCAAAGCAGAGAAAGCUGUUCGAAUCAAUUCGGUGGGAUCUGGAUAUGAAUUGGAUGAUCUGAAUGUCAUUCUCCACUCAAAAAGAUUACAGGCUAUUGUCAUACCCAAGGUACAAAGUGCGAAAGAUAUCCAAUUUGUCAGUAGAAUGAUCGAUUCAGUAGCAGUUAGCUCACAACAACAGAGAAUAAAGCUAAUAGCCUCGGUCGAAAGCGCACUGGGAAUGAUGAAUAUUAGGGAGAUUGCAACAGCUGACCCUCGUUUGGACGCAUUAAUAUUCGCUGCGGAGGACUACUGUGCUGAUUUAGGAUUGACACGCACUAAAACAAGAAAUGAAAUGCUCUUUGCUCGCCAGCUGUUGGUAAAUGCAGCAGUAGCCUAUGGAUUACAAGCCAUUGAUCUGGUUUGCGUCGAUUAUAAAGAUAAGGAAGCAUUACUUGCAGAAUGCAUUGAAGGUAGAAGCUUCGGUUUUGAAGGUAAGCAAGCCGUACAUCCUGAUCAGAUAGAAAUUAUCCAAAAGACUUUCCUACCAGACGCAGCAGACAUUGAGCGAGCCGCACGCAUUUUAAACGGUGCAAAGACUUAUGCGCAGAAAAGGGUUGGUUCUUUUAGUUUAGAUGGAUCUGUGAUUGAUCGACCAGUGAUUAAAUGGGCCGAAAAAAUAGUUGCUAGAGCCAGUGCUGGAGGCAUAGCAAUACCUCAGGUUGAUAAUUAG